CUGCAAGGAAUCGCUAUGGAGGACCGACGGUGGAAGUAACCCCUUUCAACUCUUGAGAUGAGGACAGAGUUUACGAAGGGUUUUGGCUGAACGCGAUAGGAUAGCCGGUGGUUGGAGCGCGUUUUAUUUGCGUAACAUUGUUAUUUGGAUCAUUCAUCUCCGUUGCGCGGGCGGUGUUGCGGAGGGAGUUUAGGCUACACUUUACAGGAACGAAUGCGAAAUGCCUGGGUUUUGAACACCACCGACUGUAUGAACGGCUGUUUUAAAAUUUUAGGCGCAAGUAGUGCGAAGCGCCGAAAAAAAGGAGGGGAGGGGGAUAAGAAAACGCCCUGUUGCUGAAUCCCCUCAAAAUCAAAACUUUAUCGCGCCAUCAAAGAUUCAGGACUUCUCUUGUUGAGCAUGGAUGGGGGAAGUUUGAUCUCAUCGGACUAAAAACAAACAAGGCUGAGAUCACUGAAGAAGUUUGCGGAGUGACCCCCCACUAUUGUGGAUUAUUUUUGUCUUUUAUUGUGGACACCACGAGUUGGAGGCAAAUUCAGAGGGCGGCGAGUCGGAGCCUAUCUAGGCCCACGGCCAUUGCCCAAGAAGAAAAUAAUAUUUUUUUUAAUGUGAACUUAAGUCGUAAGACGGAAAGCUCGAUAGAUAUUUGAAUUCCUCACGACUGAAUUGUAAAGAUGUCGUCCGGAGCAGAGAGAAGGAUGGAAAACCGGUUACUGAAACUGGAGGCCAUGAUCAAAAACCCUAGGUCGGCGGUUAAUUUGGAAAGUUUACUGGAUUCCAUGAAUGCCUUGGUUCUGGAUUUGGACUUCCCGGCCUUACGCAAGAACAAGAACAUUGAGACCUUCUUGAACAGAUAUGAUAAGGUGAUGGGCCACAUCAGAGAGCUUCAGAUGAAGUCGGAGGACUUUGACCGGGUGAAGGUGAUCGGCAGGGGAGCCUUUGGAGAGGUGCAGCUGGUGAGGCACAAAGCGUCUCAGAAGGUGUACGCCAUGAAGCAGCUGAGUAAGUUUGAGAUGAUCAAGCGCUCCGACUCCGCCUUCUUCUGGGAGGAGAGAGACAUCAUGGCCUUCGCAGACAGCCCCUGGGUCGUACAGCUGUGCUGUGCGUUCCAAGACAGUACGAGACUGUACAUGGUCAUGGAGUACAUGCCCGGUGGCGACCUGGUCAACCUGACCAGCACGUACGACGUGCCCGAGAAGUGGGCGCGCUUCUACACGGCCGAGGUGGUGCUGGCCCUGGACGCCAUCCACUCCAUGGGCUUCAUCCACCGCGACGUCAAGCCCGACAACAUGCUGCUCGACCGACUCGGCCACCUCAAGCUGGCCGACUUCGGCACAUGCAUGAAGAUGGACCAGACGGGCAUGGUGCAUUGUGACACGGCGGUGGGCACGCCAGACUACAUCUCUCCCGAGGUGCUCAAGUCGCAGGGUGGUGAUGGUUACUAUGGCCGCGAAUGUGACUGGUGGUCAGUGGGCGUCUUCAUCUAUGAGCUGCUGGUCGGUGAAACUCCGUUCUACGCGGACUCGCUGGUGGGCACAUACAGCAAGAUCAUGGACCACAAGAACUCCCUCAACUUCCCCGACGACGUGGAGAUCUCCAAAGAUGCCAAGAGUCUCAUCUGCGCCUUCCUCACAGACCAGGAAGUGCGUCUGGGUCGACAUGGGGUCGAGGAGAUCAAACGUCAUUCCUUCUUCAAGAACGACCAGUGGACCUUUGACACCAUACGGGACACGGUGGCCCCUGUGGUGCCUGAGCUGAGCAGCGAUAUCGACACCAGCAACUUUGACGAGAUUGAGGACGAUAAGGGCGACUCGGAGACCUUCCCGAUGCCCAAGGCCUUCGUGGGAAACCAGUUGCCAUUCGUGGGCUUCACCUACUUCAAAGAAGACCAGCUGCUGAAGGCAUUGAAUCGUUCCGCAGUGGAAAAGGAGCACCCCAUAAAGGCAAGUUCUGCGGCUCUGCAGAAGCAGCUGCAUGUGCUGGAGGAGCAGCUGAGUUCAGAGAUGCAGGCCAAGGACGAGCUGGAGCAGCGCUGCCGCAACGCCAACACGCGGCUGGAGAAGCUCACCAAGGAGCUGGACGAGGAGAGCAACAGCCGUAAGAACCUGGAGUCGUCGCUGCGCCAGCUGGAGCGGGAGAAGGCCCUGCUGCAGCACAAGAGCACAGAGAGCCACCGCAAGGCCGAGAGCGAGGCCGACCGCAAACGCUGCCUCGAGAACGAAGUAAACGGCCUCAGGGACCAACUAGAGGAUAUGAAAAAGAGGAACCAGAACUCUCACAUCUCCAAUGAAAAGAACAUUCAUCUGCAGAAACAGCUGGACGAGGCGAAUGCGCAGCUGCGCACGGAGUCGGACGCGGCGGCACGACUGCGCAAGUCGCAGACGGAGCUGAGCAAGCAGCUGCAGACGCUAGAGGCCAACGGGCGCGAGCUGCAGGACAAGUGCUGCCUGCUGGAGAACAGCAAGCUGAAGCUGGAGAAGGAGAACAUCGGCCUCAUCGCCGCCCUGGAGGCAGAGAAGAGGGACUGCAGCCAGGGAUCAGAGACCAUCACAGACCUGCAAGGGCGCAUCACAAGUCUGGAGGAUGACGUGAAGCAGUCGAGGCAGGCUCUGUCCAAAGCGGAGUCUGAGAAGAGGCAGCUGCACGAGAAACUCACUGAUCUGGAGAAGGAGAGGAACAACAAGGAGAUCGACAUGAUGUACAAGCUGAAGGUGCUACAGCAGAGUCUGGAGCAGGAGGAGGCCUCCCACAAGGCCACCAAGACGCGCCUCGCAGACAAGAACAAGAUCAGCGAAUCCAUAGAGGGAGCCAAGUCAGAGGCCAUGAAGGACCUGGAGCAGAAGCUGUCUGAUGAGCGCUCGUCUAAGCAGCGCGUGGAGAACAUGCUCCUGGAGCAGGAGAAGCACUCCUCCAUGCUGGACUGCGACUACAAGCAGGCGCUGCAGAAACUCGACGAGCUGCGCAGACACAAGGACAAGCUCACCGAGGAGGUGAAGAACCUGACGCUGAAGAAUGAGCAGGAGAUCCAGAAGCGAACGCUGACGCAGAACGACCUGAAGGUGCAGGUGCAGCAGCUCAACUCGCUCAGGACCUCCGAGAAGCAGCUCAAGCAGGAGACCAACCACCUGCUGGACAUCAAGCGCAGCCUGGAGAAGCAGAACCAGGAGCUACGCAAGGAGCGUCAGGAUGCGGAUGGUCAGAUGAAGGAGCUUCAGGACCAGCUGGAGGCUGAGCAGUAUUUCUCAACUCUGUAUAAGACCCAAGUCCGGGAACUGAAGGAGGAGUGUGAGGAGAAGAAUAAGCUAUAUAAGGACAUGCAGCAAUCUCUGCAAGAGCUUCAGGAGGAGAGGGACUCGCUGGCGGCGCAGCUGGAGAUCACGCUGACCAAGGCGGACUCGGAGCAGCUGGCGCGCUCCAUCGCGGAGGAGCAGUACUCGGACCUGGAGAAGGAGAAGAUCAUGAAGGAGCUGGAGAUCAAGGAGAUGAUGGCACGGCACAGGCAGGAGCUGGCGGAGAAGGACACCACCAUCAGCCUAUUAGAAGAAGCCAAUCGUACCCUGACCAGUGACGUGGCCAACCUGGCCAAUGAGAAGGAGGAGCUGAACAACAAACUGAAGGACAACCAGGAAGAUAUGCAGCAGAUGAAGGACCAGGAGCAACAGAUCAGUCAGAUCAAGAACACGUACGAGAAGCAGCUUCAGUCAGAGAGGACUCUGAAGACUCAGGCGGUAAACAAGUUAGCUGAGAUCAUGAACCGGAAGGAGGUGCGGGGCGGGGGCAGUCGCCGGGGCAACGACACGGACAUGCGGCGGAAGGAGAAGGAGAACCGACGCCUGCAGCUGGAGCUACGAUCUGAGAAGGAGAAGCUCAACAGUACCAUUAUCAAGUACCAGCGAGAAAUCAACGAGAUGCAGGCGCAAAUUCUGGACGAGAGCCAGACGCGCAUCGAUCUGCAGAUGGCACUAGACAGUAAGGACAGUGACAUCGAGCAGCUGCGCGGCCUCCUCAACUCCCUCAACGUCCAAUCCCUGGACUCAGCCAGCAUGUCCAGCGGACCCGACUUUGACACAGACGACACCUACACAGAAAUGAGGCUCGAAGGAUGGCUUUCCAUGCCUGUGCGAAAUAAUACCAAGCGCUUUGGAUGGGAGAGAAAGUAUGUCGUGGUGAGCAGCAAAAAGAUCCUUUUCUACAACAGCGAGCAGGACAAGGAGCUGUCCAACCCUUACAUGGUGCUAGACAUUGACAAACUCUUCCACGUGCGGUCUGUCACCCAAACUGAUGUGUACCGUGCCGACGCCAAAGAAAUCCCAAGGAUAUUCCAAAUCCUGUAUGCCAAUGAGGGAGAGAGCAAGCGUGAGCAGGAGCUGGAGCAGCUGGCUAUCGGGGAGAAGUCCAGCUACAUCUGCCACAAGGGCCACGAGUUCAUCCCCACGCUCUACCACUUCCCCACCACCUGCGAGGCCUGCACCAAGCCCCUGUGGAACAUGUUCAAGCCGCCGCCCGCCCUCGAGUGCCGGCGAUGCCACAUCAAAUGCCACAAGGACCACAUGGACAAGAAGGAAGAUCUCAUCGCACCUUGCAAAGUGAACUACGAUGUGUCGACGGCGAAGAACCUGCUGCUGCUGGCAGUGUCCCAGGAGGAGCAGCAGAAGUGGGUUAGCCGGCUGGUCAAGAAGAUCCCCAAGAAGCCGCUGCCCACCGAGCCUGCCCACCGCUCCUCCCCACGUGCCCCCGCCAAGGUGCUCGCCAGCCAGUCCAUGAGGAGGCCCAGCCGACAGAUGCCCCCCAGCAAACCCAGGUCCUUGACCAAGGAGCUGCCAGCACCACCACCAGAGCCCUCGUCGUUGGUAGGGGAGAAGACCACCAGCCUGAUCCGCCACAAGGGCCACGAGUUCAUCCCCACGCUCUACCACUUCCCCACCAACUGCGACGCCUGCGCCAAGCCCCUGUGGAACAUGUUCAAGCCACCGGUGGCGCUGGAGUGCCAUCGCUGCCACGUGAAGUGCCACCGAGACCACAUGGAUAAAAAGGAAGAAGUCCUCAAGCCCUGUGCUCCAGGCAGAAUCGAAUCGCAAACAGAGCCUGGCUAGCACUGUAGCUGGCUAGCUCAAACAACUUUGUAACAUUUGCUAACACAAACACCUACGUAUAGCUGCUGGCUGUUGUUAUCACCAAGCUUGUGAUCUUACACAUGUGCUGCUAUGAGACAGAGAACAAAAGAGCUGACUUCUGCCUGAAACACAGGGCCUAACGCCGCUUCGAUCAAUUCCCAAGUGGCAGCCGUAUAACCAACAUUACCCUGAUUCUGGGCUUUGAGGAGAGGGGGAAAUUAACACAAUCAUUUGAAGUGUGCACCCACUGGCACUCGUCUCAAAAUCUGUUACCUCACAAUGAUGGUCUGCAUUGUUUACCUGUGGAAACAGUAUUACACCUCAAUCCCACAAAAGAUUCAACUUAAGCAGUUUGUAAUUAAACUGCUUUCAAUCACUUUUGGUAUAAUCAAAGUAAGAUAUAAACAAAUUUAAAAAACUAAUAAGAAAUCAAAAUGCAGAAAUCAUAUUUUUCAUAGUAGUAUUUAACUGGCAGAUGGUGCAUUCUUUAAAUGGUGAACCAUGUACCUAGACCUUUGAUUAAAACAGUGAUGGGCAACAUGGGUUCAUUAGUUAAUCCGGUGCCACAUAUUGUAUUCUCCAAAAUAGCCUGGAUUUACCUGUACAAUCCAACCAGGUGAUCAUUCAACCAGGCAAUCAUCUGGUUAAAUUGGACAGGUAUAAGCAGGUCAUGUGGAAAAUGUGACACUGGAUGAUGACUUAUGACUCCAUGCUGCAACAGCAGUGAAUUAAGCUGUCUGGUGGGGAGGUAACCUGACUCAAACCCUCCAUGAAGUGUCACAGUUUCUCAGUCGCCAUCUUCUCCACC